GGUUUGGAAGAGAUUUUCAAUCUCCCGCCCCUUUCCCAUCCCUUUCCAUGACCCUCUGGCUUCUCGGAAACUCAAAAAAUCCACAGAGAAAUCAAAUCAGCAGGAGGACACAAAAAUGGAAAUGGAGAAAGACAGUCGUGAAAUUGGAAUUGGUUAUCGACACAAAAAGUUGAAAACGUCGUUUAAGCUUGGUCUACACGCCCUCCUCACCACUUGCUCCAAAGAGGAGUUCUGCAAAUCAUUUCCAAGAUUUACACAGGCUGAACAAGAGCGUCUUCAUCGGCUAUAUAUCAAGGUUAUUGUGUCUUUGCAUCAGAAUAUUGAGGAUGAGUUUGAAAUUCUGUGUGAGGAGACCAAGGUGGGGAACAUUCUUGAUAUUGUGGAGGAACUUGUAGAGGAACAAACCCUGGAUCCUCUUUAUCCUCAUAAGUCAAAUUUCAAAGAUGUUGCACAAGUGUUGUCGACUAUAAAAAAGAAUGAGAUCCAAAACCUUGCAACUAUGCUGAAAAAGACAGAAGCUGAGAAUGAAGUCUUGAGAAGCCGUGUUGAACUCUUACGGAAACAAGUACAAGAUUUCUCUGGUGCAUCAAAUGCUCUUCAAAAGAUGUAGAUGGGCAUGUGAAUUAAGGAACAAAAAAUGCCACCUAAGCAUCAACAUUCAACACUUCUUGUGUUAAAUGAUUUCGUCUUUUGUUGUUUCAAACAAUACUACUGUUGUCUUUUGUUUCCUUGUUUUUACUUGAAUCCUAUUAUGUUCUAAUGUUUUUUUUUUUUUUUACAUUUUUCA